GGAGCUCAGAGUUACUGGAUGCAAGAAGGUGUGUUCAGGGCUGGGUCAAGUGGAGACCUGGUUGUAUCUUAGUUAGAGGUAACUAGGGAGCUAUGGGAUGUUGAGGUGAGAGUCAGGUGAGGAGGCUUCUCUGGGGGGGUGGAGUUAAGGUGGAGGCUGGUGGUUUGAUAGGGACUUGAAUAUAUAUGUGACAGCGAAGCUUGUGGAAAUUUUAUUGGCCCCUGAAAACAAGGAUUACCUGAUUCGUUUUGUCAAUAUACGGGACUGAUAUCCAAUCCAGAGCGAUCCAGAUGCUGGUGCAGACUUUUAAUAAUUCAUUUCCAUUCAGCAAACAUUAAGAAAUACUAAGUACCAGGCAUAGAUGCAAGGGCCAAUAUUUGGAGUGUCCAGAGACGAGACAAGAGGGUAGGUGGUGACGAGAAGGAAUAAAAGCACACUCUAAUAGCUGGAUGGUGGUACUGGAUCCUGUGAAGCCUGGUGGACCUUAUGAAGUGAUGGCACAGCAGACUCUUGGGAGGAAGAACUUCACCCUGAGAAUUCACGAUGUCUUAUUUGGAGAUGUCUGGCUUUGCAGUGGGCAAAGUAACAUGCAAAUGACUGUUUCACAGAUAUUUAAUGCCACAAGCGAGCUGUCGAACACAGCUGCCUAUCAGUCUGUCCACAUCCUCUCCGUGUCUCUCACCCAGGCUCAGCAGGAGCUGGAGGACCUUGCCAAGGUUGAUUUGCAAUGGUCCAAGCCCACCUUGGAAAACUUGGGCCAUGGCAAUUUCACGUACAUGUCAGCAGUGUGCUGGCUCUUUGGGCGUUACCUGCAUGACACUCUGCGGUAUCCCGUGGGGCUGAUCUCCUCCUCGUGGGCCGGGACGCCCAUUGAAGCCUGGUCAUCUGAAAGGUCACUGAAAGCCUGUGGGGUACCAAGGCAAGGGUUCAUGCCGUCUGAUCUUGAAACUGGUCCCAGUGAAUACUCUGUUCUCUGGAAUGCCAUGAUCCAUCCGCUCCGUAAUAUGACUCUGAAAGGGGUGAUAUGGUACCAGGGGGAGUCCAAUGUAAACUUUAACAGGGACCUGUACAAUUGUACGUUCCCUGCACUCAUUGAAGACUGGCGCCAAACCUUCCACGAUGGCUCCCAGGGGCAGACAGAGCGCUUCUUCCCAUUUGGAUUUGUCCAGUUAUCUUCAUAUUUGUCUGGUGCAACCCCAAAUGAUGGGCUUCCCGAGAUCCGUUGGCAUCAAACGGCAGACUUUGGCUAUGUCCCUAACCUAAGGAUGCCCAACACUUUCAUGGCUGUAGCGGUGGAUCUCUGUGAUAGGAAUUCGCCUUUUGGCAGCACACACCCUCGGGAUAAGCAGACGGUGGCCUACAGGCUGCACCUGGGGGCCCGUGCCGUGGCUUAUGGGGCAAAGUUGACCUUUCAAGGACCACUGCCUCAGAAGAUAGAACUCCUGGGCGACAUGGGGCUGCUGAACCUCACAUAUUCCCAGCCAAUCCAGGUGCAGAGGCACAACAACAAGAUAUUUGAGAUCUCCUGUUGCAGUGACCAUCAGUGCAAGUGGCUUCCAGCUCCCAUGGACACUUUCUCCGCCCAGACGCUGGCCCUGAAUGUCAAGUCUUGUCACAACAGCCUGGUUGCUGUUCGCUAUGCGUGGACCACAUGGCCUUGUGAAUAUAAGCAGUGUCCCCUGUACCACCCCACCAGUGCCCUGCCAGCUCCUCCCUUCACUGCUUUCAUUACAAACCAGAUUCCCGGGUAUCGCAGCAAGGUUGCUAAAUGAUUCCGUUGCAGUAUGAUCACAUCUUAGACGUAAGUGUGGAUCCUUUAGAUUUGGGCAUUUAGGAGUUUAAAUGACAGCUGUUGCUUUUUAAUGGAAAUGAAUAGAACUGCCUCAUUGACAGCGCCCGGCUAGCACAUGGCUGUUUCCAUAUUCUGAGAUGCCAGAGCUGGUAGGCAAAUGAAACGCUUGUCUUUUGUCCUCCAGUUGGGCCAGGUAUCUGUAUUAGAAUAAUUCCAAACUACAAACAACUUGAAUCUCAAUGUCAUUCGCUUCCCUUAUUACUGGGAGUGAAAUGUCUUUAACACUUUUGUCCCCUUACCUCCAGACUGUGGAAACUCGGGGUCGGAAGAGAUUUUAAGGCCCUGCAGGCCGGCUAGCAUUUAUGUUUUUUUCUAUAAAGUAUGAGAGGUGGUUAUCAAAUUUCUGUAUAAAGUUUCCCUUCUAAACUUCCCAACAGUUUUUCCUCAGGUGGAACUGAAAUGUUUCUUCCACUACACAACAAUCUUUCAGAGAACUGAUUUCAGCCCUAUUUUGUUCCAAGCUGAAAACAAUUCUAUUCCUUUAGUCUAAAUAAUGAUAAUGUGAAUAUUUAACAGAAAGAAACCAGAAUCACGUGCAGGCAUUUUGGGAGGUGCUAAGGGACGGCCUCAAGGAGGGAAGAGAAAGGCGAGCUGGAGCAGCCCAUGGGGAGCCCAUGUGACCGCAGAGGUCAUUGAGAAGCAAACAGAGAUAUCAGGCUCUUUAAAGGUAAGAGGUUUAACUAUGAAAAGGACAAUCCAGAUGGAGGAACAACGUGAGGCUGAAAGUAAAGCUACAGGAUAAGCAUUUAGAAAAGUAAUCUAGAUGGGGCAAAUGUGAAAGAGGGCUUUUGUGUAUACUAUUAAGAAUCAUAAUGCUGUUUAUUGGUUGAUUAAGAACAGUUAAAGGCACUUGACAAUUGUCUGUAAUCUCUAAGAAGCUGGAAAUAAAAGUAUGAUCAU